AUGUACGGGGAUCUCGCCAACAAGUUGAUUCUCGACGCCAAGAGAACAGCCAAUCUCCUGGAAAUUCCUCUCUACCAAGCAGACUUGGUCAAAGACAUCGUGAAAGAAGUACAGGAUCUCAAGAACGAUGCCGACUAUCUCAUGGAACAGCAGGAGCUUAACGGCGAAGAUGACGACGCGGAGCAGUCCAAAAUCAAUCAGUGUCAGCUAUUUGUGACCAUGUUAUCGAUGACAAGAAACAAGCGAUGUCUACUUGCCUACGAAAAUCUCCGUGCCAACAAGAUCGAUGAAUUCUGCUGGUUGAAUCUCGAUCCCAUCACCGACUCCACAUUGGACAACUUGAGCCACGCCGAACAGGAAUACUACAAAAACUACCAGGACUUGUUGAUGGACUACAAAUCCAAAUACGCAGAUAUCGAUCUCUCGGGAACACUAGAGCCUCCUACAAAUAUCUUUAUAGAUGUGAGAGUCCUCAGAAACGGAGGAGAGGUCCAGACAGAGUACGGCUCCUUCAACUUGAUAAAAGACUCUCAGUUCUAUGUGCGGAAAUCUGACGUUGAACGUUUGAUCCAGCAGGGGUAUUUGGAAGAGUUGUAG